AUGGCAGAAAAUGCAACGUUAAGAGUGGAUAUCAUUGAUAGGAUUAAAAAUAUUUUGAACGAGCAUAAUCCUUUUGUCCAUACUCUCCGACAUCUUGCUCAACGAGAUGACAUACAACAAUGCAAGUUUGUCAUAAAAGAGCAACCUCCUAACCAACAUAAUUAUUCAAUGCCUUCAGCCUCUCAAGUUGCAGCAGUUGUUGUCGGAGGUGAUGAUAUUGCCAACCUGAAAGAAAGGGAUGUCAUGGUAGAGUCCGUCACUGGACGACUCAUGUCUAUUAAAGAGACGCAGGCUAUUACGAUCCACUACAAUAUCCUCUAUUAUUUCCUUACGGCUCUUACGAUGAGAGAAUGUUAUGAUUCUAUAGUCUUAAGAGCUGGCCGGUUAACUCAACAAUUUGCUGUGGACAACUGUGUAAAGAUGCAAGCAUCCAAUUUGAGAUGGGUUGCACUCAACCAAGACACAAUUCGUGCAGAUUUGUACAAGGGACUAGAGGAUUCAUACAAUGCCGGAGAACACAAUACAGGUAUGAUUUCACAUCAUAUCGGUAAUUAUCUACUUUAA